GGGGAGCGGCGGCCGCGGGAGGGAAGCAGCAUGGCGGCCGGGUGCGAGCCGCUGAGCGCGCCGCCGCCGCCGCCUUCCCCUCCUGCCGUGGCGGGGCCCGCGGGCCCGCUGCCCGAGUAGCCGCGCCGCCCGCCCGCCCGCCCGCCGUGCGCCCGGCCAUGGAGCUCGCCCGGCCGGCCUUCCCGGCGCUGCCGCAGGCCAAGGAGGACUCCGAGGAUUGGACCUAUCCCAUGAGAAGAGAGAUGCAGGAAAUUUUACCUGGUUUAUUUUUAGGCCCAUAUUCUUCAGCUAUGAAAAGCAAGCUACCUAUACUUCAAAAACAUGGAAUAACCCAUGUGAUAUGCAUACGGCAAAAUAUUGAAGCAAAUUUUAUUAAACCAAACUUCCAACAAUUAUUUAGGUAUUUAGUCUUGGAUAUUGCAGAUAAUCCAGUUGAAAAUAUAAUACGAUUUUUCCCUACGACUAAAGAAUUUAUUGAUGGAAGUUUACAAACUGGAGGAAAAGUUCUUGUCCAUGGAAAUGCAGGGAUUUCUAGAAGUGCUGCCUUAGUUAUUGCAUACAUUAUGGAAACAUUUGGGGUGAAGUACAGGGAUGCAUUUACUUACGUUCAAGAAAGAAGAUUCUGUAUUAAUCCUAAUGCUGGAUUUGUCCAUCAACUUCAGGAAUAUGAAGCCAUCUAUCUAGCAAAAUUAACUAUCCAGAUGAUGUCACCACUGCAGCUGGAGAGAUCACUCUCUGUUCCACCUGGUACUACAGGAAGUUUGAAGCGAACACAUGAAGAUGAGGAAGAAUUUGGAAAUAUGCAAGUGGCAGCAGCACAGAAUGGGUGACGUAGGGCACCACUAUUCCUAGAGAUUGUGAAAACCUGCACAUGGAAGUGAAGAAAACUAGAAAAGAUAAAUUAACACAAACGAUGAACACACCCAGAGCUUCUUUUCAAAUACAUGUUGCUUCCAGAUGUAAAUCUGCCUCUGCAACACACCACAGCAACAUUUAAUUGUGUGGACUUCUUGAAUGAAUAGAUGGCACUGAUUGUUUUACUCCUUUUUACACUUUACAGUUUUAUUCUAUACCAAGAUUUUUGGACUUGCAAAGAGGUAUUAUUGCAAUAAUGCACUUUUCAUACUUGAAAUUUCUUUAUUUGUAUGAUAUAAAGUUAUUACUUUAAACAAAAUGCAAGCUGGGGGGAUUUGUUUAUAAAGUUAUUUGUGUAAUUUAUAACAAGAGACUUUAGUAAAGAAAAAGUUUGCUAAAA